GAACCCCCUCCCACCCCCCAAGAAAGAUCUGGGUGUAUGGGUGCCUUUUCCUUCUUCCCCAUCCAGGAGGAAAAGUCUGGGUGCCUUUUAAUCUGUUGCUUUUCUGACUAAGUAGCAAACUUCUUGACCUGUGGCUGGCUUUCCUCCCUGGGACUCAGAACCAGGGAAGGGAAACAUGUCAUCUUAGGAAGCAAAAAUGUAACCUUUAAAAAACCACCCCACUCCUUUCUCUGCCUUUCCUCUCCGGGUCUUUCUUUUCCGCCUCACCCGGGGCUGGCUCGCUUUCUUUUUCCAGGCCAUGCUCUCUUUGUGUAGGAAUGGCCUCCGCCUUUUGCCGCUUGUUGCUGGGUUUUUUUAAAACUCCCUCUCGCUCCUUUCUGAGGCUUUUUAUUCCUUUUUUGGGGUGCUGGUGGGCCUUGUUUUGUUUCCUUUCACCUACCCCCCCUUUUUGGGGGUGCAAGGGGGGAAUGGGCAGUUUGGAGAAAACAUUCACCCCUAUAAACCCAAAACCCAGCAGCAACGUGUACUUCUUCUAACUCUUCCUUUGCAUUGUUUCCUCUCUCUCUCUCUCUCUCUGGAGUUGUUGGUGUUUUUGUGUCCCUGGCUGGAUUGUGGUGUUCCCCUCAUGUGCAGCUGGCGGUUUGGGUAAGCGGAGGAAGCGGCAACAACAACAACAGCAGCAGCAACAAAAAGGGAUAAAGAAAGCAAGCCCCUCCUCCAUCCCUCAUGAGUUACAGACUUGAAACAGAAGAGAAAGAAGAGAAUCCCUCCUUCCCUCCCUCCCUCCUUCCCUCCUGGAGCCUUGUGUUGCCUUGCAAGAGUAGGAAGAGUAGGAAGGGGGAUCCAUUUGCUUUCCUUGAAAAUUAGGCACAAAGUCUUGCCAUUUUCUCUGGGAAGGAGGCGAGUUGGCAUUUCCAUGGACUUGAAUUUGCCUGGCUUGAAUCAGGAAAAGUCUGCCAACAACUCUACCAUGUCAGAUAGUGACUUUGGAGAAGAUGAUGGGAACCUAUGUCAGGAUCCAUUGCAGUCUGGGAAGAGGAAACGAAGGGGCAAUCUUCCAAAGGAGUCAGUGAAGAUUCUCCGGGAGUGGCUGUAUGAACACAGGUUCAAUGCUUAUCCCUCUGAGCAAGAGAAGCUAAGCCUUUCUGGACAAACAAGCCUCUCAGUUCUUCAAAUCUGUAAUUGGUUCAUUAAUGCCAGGCGCAGGCUUCUACCUGACAUGCUGCUAAAGGAUGGCAAGGACCCAAACCAAUUCACCAUUUCUCGCCGAGGCACCAAAGCUGGUGACAUAGCGCUGUCCCGUGGAGCUGCCACUGGGUCUGGACUCUUGAUGGUACCACCUCCUACCACUGCUGCUGCCUCCAAGGUGCUCUCCAUGUCGGUCUGUCCCCCAAUGAUCUGCCAUGCCAGGCAACCUGUGGCAGGUAACUUGAGCAGGGUCACAAGUGAGAAGGAGCAUCGGCCCACCUUCCAGCAGGUGGAGCUGGAAUCUCACCCCAAACAACCACUGCUGAGCGCGACAGGGAGCACUCUGGCUCUUCUGGCCAGGGCAGAUGCUGCCAGCCCCACAAGUGGACUUUUUAACACUCCACCUCCCACACCUCCUGAGCUCUUUGGAGAGGACUUCAGCAGUUUUCAGUUGCUCGUGGAAGUAGCCCUGCAAAGGGCUGCAGAGCUUGACUCGCAGAAGCUGAAUGGGCAACUACCUCCUUCACUGCAGAGAGAAGGUCCCACUCCAACUCUUUCCAGAAAAGCCAAGUAGCUUUGUUUUCCUCUUGGAGCCUUUGUUUCCUCUUGGAGACACGCCUUUCUUUUCUUACUUUCCAAGGUCUGUUUUCUGUUGGCCUCUGUGGAUAAUGGGGAUCUCUCCUGACCAACUGUUAACAUUGCAAUACGGCUUUUUUUUCACUGGGAACAGGACAAAUUGAUGCCUUUGUAGUUUUCAUUUGGCUCUGUGCUGCUCAUCUCUCAGAAAUGAGCCACCAGACUUCCAUUUAAAAAAAGAAAAUGCAUCUCCCCAUUGAAACCACAUUGUCCUUUGGGUAAGCAUCAUCCUUUGAUCUGGCCUCACAAAGGAUGUUGUUUACCCUGAGGUGCCUGAAUUGGUACAUGAGAAGGCACUGCUCUUGACAGGCCCUAAAGGUCUAAUGUGCUCUGAGAGAACAUUGUUGCUGGUUGACGUCUUUAUUACUGUAACUAUAUUUGUUGUGGCAGAAUUGAGUUGAAGUUUUCUUCUCCUCCGCCCCUCCCUCCUACAAUUUUCAAAGCCUGCUGACUGUAAAUGGAAGAGAAACAGGAAAAGGGUCCAAAAUAUAAUGGAAGAGGAUGAUCAAAGACAAGUACUGGUUUUUCUUCUCUUUUUGAGUAAUCCAAGAAAUAGAGGGGACAUAAUUUCACCCCUCUUAGAACUUUCUUAUGUGUAUCAUUUUGUGGAAGGGGAAUUCAUGGUUUGUGUGCCUGGGUGUGUGCGCGCCGCGUGUGUGUUAAGUUUUAGUUGUCCUUUUUCUCCCCCCCCCCCUUUUUUUUUUUACUAUAGCCUUUCGUAACAUACUUUUGGUCAAGUGUGAAUCAGUGGCUGGUCCUUGGCUCACAUCUACUGAAAAUCCCCUGUAUCAAACAGAUUAACUGGAAAUGUUAUCUUUCUGGCAUUCUUUUUUCCCUGGAGGAGGUGAGUGGGGCAGUUCACCACCACCAUUCUGCAGAUACUGGUGCCAGUAAAAAAACAAGACAAAGCAUAAAAACCUAUGGUGCUGUUGCGCAAUUUAUUACUGUUAUUUUCUGUACUGGUGUAAAUUUUUGCCUGGUUUUGGUGACUUUACCUAUUCUUCCGCCUACCUUUCCUUGUAUUUUUCCUUGAAAUUCUGAUCAGAAACCAGGGAGAGGACUUGGGCUGGUAGAAUGUUAACCAAAAUCAGCAAGGGGGCAUUUUGGAGGCGGUGGUGGGUAUAAGAAACUAAACAAAGGAGUCUUGACUGUGAAGUUGCUUUAAACAACCAUUUAUUUUUUAUUAGAAUAUUGUUGAUUGUGAAUGCUAAAUCCCUGUGUCUCUGAAAAUCUUGGAGUGGCUGUAAGGAUGCGCUGACAAAACUACCUAUACAAACAGGCAUCUUGACUUUGUGUGUGUGUCCAUAUACAUCCUUGCAUUCAUCAUGCUGAAUGUAGUUACUCCAUUGCUGAUGGAGCAAGGGUGCCCUCUCGUGGCCAGAAAGGAAAGUCAAACAGAGCAGGGACUUCUGUGAUGAACUGCAACCUCUCCUGUGAGCUACAGGCACAUGAGAUCUUGAUAGCCAUGUGUCUGUAGCUUUAAUUGAAUUUUUUAGACUCAGCAGUAUCCUGUCUUAGAAUAUGGGUAUAUGCCUUGGAUUUAGGUGGAGAAAAGCUGUUUUUUUGGGGGGGGGGGGGGGGGUUGCAUCUUGAUCAGUGAGGAUGUGCAUCUUUCAUUGAGUCACUUCCACCUCCUUUUUACCCUGAGACCAGGAACUUGUGAAACAUGGAGUAUGAUGAACAUCCAUCUGUUUUUUUGUAAUAGUGCUAUUUCACUGUAAAUGUAAGUUAAAUAGUGAUAUAUUAUAUACACCUAUAUAUCUAUUUUGAGAAAACACUAAUUUUAGAGGGUGUUAGCCUAAUUAUUAUGUUGCAUGAAUAGUAAAGAUAAAAGGCCAGCAGAAUGCAACUUUUCAGACUUGUUUGGAUCAGGAGUACAAACCUGAUAGUGGAAGAGCCUUCAUGAGGACAGCAAGCAGUAUGUGCAUAUAUGCAUGUGUGUGUUGGAGAACUGGAACUGGAAGGAUGGGACUGAUUACUGGAAUGGGAACCUCUAACCCUUCAGAUAUUUGUUCCCAUCAUGCUUCACCAUUUGCCAAGGCAAAUGGGAGUUGGGAGUUAAACAAUACCUGGCGGACCACAGGCUGCCUAACCCCUGACCCACUACUUCAACUAUCUAUUUUGAGUGCCUUCUCCCCCACCUCCCAUAAAUUUUGGACUUGACCUGUAACUGCUGCCCAAUGAACAGUUCAUUCACCUCCCUAUGUCUCCCCCCGCCCCCCAGUAGCCACUCCCAUACUUCUAAUCGGAUGUAGUUUGCUGUACCUAGAGAACUGCCCCUUCACAUUAAAUCAAAUGCCUUUUUACGAAAAAUCACCAAAUGGUGCUUGUUUCUUCUUUAGAAAUGCUACCCUGCUGCCUUGGAAAGUAUCCUUAGUUUAUUGUUAAAAUGUGGGUAAAUUUGAUUUCCUUGUGUUUAAACGCUGUGUCUCCAGUUGUUCCCAUCAUUGGUUUAUGGGAGGUGAAAUUAAGUCUCCUUCUUGAACUUGUUUCAACUCUCUGCCUCCGAUUUCUAGAAUGUGUAGGCAAGGCAUCAGCCCUACUCAGUCAUUUUUUUAAGUCGAUACAAUAAAAUAUGUGAGGGUGGAGCAUAGUAACCCUGCCUUCCUCUGUCAUAGUGCUGUGACUUUAGCAGACUCCAAAUCAGAUGGAGAGCCUUUGAUAAUAAAGAGGCCCCUCUUUGAAAAUUGCGAUGGGCUGAGAAGAUUAGUGUGCUCCUUGUCAGUUAUUUACUGUACCUGCUUAGAGAAAGCCUGAAUAGGACUUUUAGCCUGCUAGUUUCUGGUUAUCUGGAAUUUCCACUGAAAUUGGUGGGACCUUCCUAAGCAGCAGCAAAUGCCCAUGUCUAGAUAUAGACUCAGUUUUUGCCUUUGUUUUUGACUACUUCCUCCUCACAUUAAGCCCCUACUGAAUACAGUGGGACACAAAGGGAUAGCACCUCCACUGACAAGCAAAUCUGAAAUUGUGCACAAUAAAAGAAAGUUCCAGUUCUCACAAUACCCUGCUCUUUCUGGUGUGUGCGGGGGGCAGACUGCUGUAACAUGUUUGUCCUAAUGAUGGGGAAUUCUUGUUUUAGAUGGGAAAUAUAAAAAAAAUUGUUUUGCCUGAAGUUUAUGAAGCAAAAACUACUGUAAAUAACUUUUUGGAAUUUUUUAAUCAAUAAAGGUUUUUUUUAAAAAUA